AUGGCACUCAAAUGGACUCGGCUGAUUCGCUUCAUCGCGGAAGAAGAUGGACGGAUACACCUGGGAGAGGUCGAUGGGACGCAGUUCCCAGACGUUGGCCUCGCAGUGUUGAACAGGGAGCCAGUCACGGCAAAAGUCAUUAGGGGGUCUAUUUUCGACGGGGUCGUGACAGACGAGACUCUACAUGUCUCGCGGCUUCUAUCCCCAGUGGACAUGGAAACAGUCCCCCUGAUCCGAUGUCUCGGCCUCAACUACCGCGACCACGCCAGAGAAGCCAACAUGCCCAUCCCCCACGAGCCAGUCCUCUUCAUCAAGCCCCGGACCGCCUUGAACGGACCCUAUCCCGCCAAAAUCCCCGUUCCCAAGAUCGCACAGGACGGGUCAAGUGACUACGAGGCCGAAUUGUCGCUGAUCAUGUCCAAGGCGGGGCGCGAUGUUCCAGAGUCAGAGGCUAUGGAUUAUGUGCUAGGGUACACGUGCAGCAACGAUGUUAGCGCUCGCACACAGCAGUUCAAGAACAGUCAAUGGUGCUUCUCAAAGGGCUUCGAUGGCUCUUGCCCGUUGGGUCCGGUACUGGUCAGUCCCUCGGAGAUUGAUCCCCAUCAACUGGCCAUCAAGGCCAUUCACAAUGGGACUGUGGUGCAGGAUUCGAAUACCAGGGAAAUGAUCUUCAAUAUCCCCCAGAUCAUCUCAUUUCUUUCUCAGGGCACAACCUUGGAGAGAGGAACAGUGAUCAUGACCGGCACUGGGCCUGGAAUUGGCGCGAUGCGAAACCCAAAAGUGGUGCUGAAACAUGGCGACGACAUGCGCGUGGAGAUUGAGGGCAUUGGGACGCUGGUCAACCAAGUUCACUAUGAAUAG